CCCCAAACGAGCAUUCCUCUCUACCUACCUACACAAUGGCCUCGCGCACAUUCAACCCCCUCCUCCACCGCCCACGCGCCCUCCGUAUCGGCCUCACCUCGCUCUGCGCCGGCGGCCUCGUCGCAACACCCCUGCUCCGUCCCACAAAAUACUACUGCGAUGCGUCUCCCACACCCCUAAGCUCGCGAGACUGGACGCGCAACAGCUCCAGCGGCCUCCCGCCACCCGAAAACUUCAUCAGCGCGAAAAACAUAAAGCAGAUUAGCACGGGCAGCAUCCUCGGCUUGCUGGGCGGCGUGGUAAUCAGCAUGUUUAGCAAGACGCUGACGUUGCUGAUUGGGGUGGGGAUCGUGCUUGUGCAGUUCCUCGAGAGCCGCGGCAUCCCUAUUGUUCCGUACGGACAGAUACAGAAGAUGGCGAAGAAUGUGGAUAUUCAAGGGGCGAUGCAGAGGAAUGUGGCGCUGAAGUUGAGCUUUGGGAUUACGUUUGCGUUGGCUGCUUUUGCGGGGUUUUGAGGGGGGUGGUUGUGUGUGCGUGUGUGUGUGUGUGUGUGUGUGUGUGUGUGUGUGUACAUAGAGGGUUGGGU